AUGACAGUGAGUUUUCCCCAUUCCGUCAAAAUAUGUACAAACCCAACAAAUAUUUUGUCAGACCCCUUCAAAACUCAAUUCUGAAAAUUACUCGCCAAUUCGUCGUCUCUCAAAAACGCUGCCAAUUUUGAAAAAAGUCGGAGAAAAAGUGAAUAUUCCGCAGGGCGGACAAUUAGUUUGUUGUUCUUCGCGAGAAAAUGGAGAAUUAUUCUUGAAAAUCGAAUAUAAUCGCGAAUUUUUGAUGAAUAUUUCAACAAAUUCUUUCAUCGCCAAACAAAGACCAACGAAUUUUGCUGAAAUUAUUGAAGAAUUUCCAGAAUUAUUGGGAGAUUGGAUGGGAACAUUUGAAGAGAAAAAAGAAAAAGAAAAAGAAAAUGGAAGUGCAAUGAAAGAUGAAAAAAUAAAUGAAAAUAUGAAGAAAAUAAUUGGAAAUGCAAUUCGUGGUCCAAUCACACCUGUUUCAAAAAAUAUUAUUGAUUCGCAUUUUGAACAUAUUUGGACACCAAAACAAUUGUUUAAUGAAAAUAUUGAGAUGAGUCCAUCGGGUUGUCCAAUUAUUCGACAAAAUAACAAUAUUAUUAGAAAUCCAGACUUCUCGUAA